AUGCCCUUUGUCCUGUGCUUCCUUUACCCGCCCUGCGUUCUGGUGUUCUGGUCCCCGUUCCACGACCCCCGGGUCCACGAGAGCGCCCCGGCGGGUGUUCACGUGACCACCGUGCGAGCGCUAGACGAAUCAGCGCCCGGCAAGCCCGUCGCCUACAGCCUGCUGGACGUCAAGGACUCAAGCUUCUUCCACCUGAAUCACGUGACGGGAAACCUGACCACGGCGCGGCCCAUCACCCGAAAGGUCGGCGAUAAGUACGAGGUGAUCGUGGCAGCCGUGAGUCAGGGCGUCACCGAGGUGAAGACGAUGCAGAUCGAGGUGACCGUGCCCAACCAGUACCCGCCCCGGUUCGAGCACCCAGUGUACCGCUCCGAGGUGCACCAAACCCGUACCCGGCCCGGGUACAGGGUAGUGCAGGUUCGCGCCCACGACCCGGACCCGGUGCCAUACAACGCCGAGGUCUACUAUCGCCUGGAGGCAGGACCGGAGUCCACGAGGGCGCUUAGGUACCUCGCACUGGACGGAAUCACGGGCGAAGUGAUGCUGAACCGAAGCCUCGCCGACGUGCCGGACUCCACGAUCGCGUUCACAGUCAUCGCCGAAGACGGCGGCUCCCCCAAGCAACAAGACCGGGCCCGCGUCGAAAUUCUAGUUAAGACCAUCUCGGACCCACAGAACGCGCGCGCCGUCGUGGUGAACGAGACGAGUGUGCGCAUCUGCUGGCAGCGACCCCUGUACGGCAACGUGUCCGGCUACGUGGUCAAGUACAGGGCGACAUCUGAGAACGUCACCUCGUACGUGAACGUGACCACGGGUGCGCCCGACAAGUGCGUCCCUGUGCUGAAGUUGCGACCCUGGACCGAUUACGAGUACCGCGUGUACGCCUGGAAUGGCCGAGAAGAGGGCAUCGGCAGUCCCGUCGACCGAUUCGCCACACGAAUUGACUACUGCCUGAUGAACGUCUGCAAGCAUGGCUCCUGCGAAGCUACAGACGCGCGGCCCGGUUACCGGUGCCUGUGCGACCCGGGCUUCUACGGGGAGGCCUGCGAACACUUCGACCCGUGCUCCGAGAACCCGUGCAAGACUUUCGGCACAUGCGUCAACACGGGACACGGCGAGUACCGCUGCGACUGCUUCACGGGUUUCUCCGGCCGAAACUGCUCCGACUUCAAUCCGUGUCUGCUCAAGCCUUCCGCUUGCCUCCACGGUGGCGUGUGCCAGUCGAACGCUUCGCACAUGUUCACCUGCCACUGCGUAAACGGCUACUACGGCAAGACAUGCCACCAGUUCGACCCGUGCUUCUCGUCUCCCUGCUUGCACGGUGCCCGCUGCCUGAACGAGUCGGAUGUGAAGUUCAGCUGCCAGUGCAUGCCGGGAUACGCCGGAAACCUUUGUGAGCAGAACAUCAACGAGUGCCUCUCAAGCCCAUGCAAAAACCGUGGCGAGUGCGAAGACGGAAUCAACAGCUUCACCUGCCACUGCCCUCCUGGUUACGGUGGGCCCUUGUGCGAAAUGAGAGACACGUGCCCGGAAGAACUGCAGCAAACGGACAAGGGCCCCUUCCAUUGGCAGCCCACAGCUCACGGCUCGGUAGCCAAGGUCGAGUGUCCCUACGGAGCCUACAACCCGGCCAGUGAGUACAAGUACGCGCGAAGGAAGUGCCGGCUGCUGCCCAGCGGUCAGACAGGAUGGAUGAAAGUGUCGGCGCAGCACUGCCGGUAUAAGAGUUUUCAAACGGCAGAGAACAUCACCUCCGAGUUAGAGUUCCUGACGCACGAUCCGAGCAACAUCAGCCCGGAGCAGCUGCAGAGCUUCGCCGAUAAGAUUGAGCCUGUCGUCGAAUACGCCAUCAAGGACAUCAAGAUUGCACAAGCCAUGAUUCACGUGAUCAGCAACUUCCUAGCGCUCAACGACAGCGUCAUCGAAGAAGGAGACGCAAAAGGAAUGGCUGUCGAAAAGCUGGUUUCGGUGGUGGAGAGGUUCACCUCGGAGGUGGUGCUGGGACCCGGAGCGCUCAUCAUCGAGAAUGAGAACCUGGUGGUCAAGGCGGUCGCAUGGUCGCCCAAGCUGCUGUCUCAGGGCCAGGACUUCCUCAGCUUCUCGCUGCGUUCCAACGGAGACCACUACCUGCACGAGGACUUCUCCGGAGACGGCGACGAGCAGGAGAACGGCGAUAACAUCGUGAUCACAAUCCCGUUCGAGGCACUGUCGAUGGCCAUAAACAGCUCCCUUCUGGCGUCCGGUGAGCCGUACCGGCCCAUACACGAAGUGGAGAAGGGACCUCGCAUCGCUUUCAUCUCCUACCGCAACGACAAGUUCUUUCGACCUGCUCGACACAGCCCGGGUUCUCUGGUCAGUGCAGGACAAGUCGUCCUCUCUGCCAAGAUCGGCGACAGCAAGAUCGAGAACUUGACCGAACCCUUGGUCUACUCGUACCCGACUUACAACGCAGAGAGGCGCAUCUGCGCAUUCUGGGAUGAGCGCCGUAAGGAAUGGUCCACCGCUGGAAUAACGACAAACAAGUCCGGAAACGUGACUGUCUGCACCUCGACGCACAUGACUGCGUUUUCGCUGCUGCUGGAUCCCCUUCCUGGAAUGGUCACGGCACGUCACCACUACCGGAUCCUCUCGCUCAUAUCUUACGUGGGCUGCAUCAUGUCUGUCGUCGGCCUCUUCUUCACCAUACUGACCUACGCCCUUUUCAGAUGCCUCAACAAGGACAGAUCGGGCAAGAUCCUGCUCAACUUGUGUUCGGCCAUGCUCCUGCUGAAUGUAUCCUUCCUGGUGGGCUCGCUACACGAGCGCUUCCCCAGGCUCGAGCUGUGCCUGGGUACGGCCGUGGCCACUCACUACUUCCUGCUCGCCUGCCUCGCCUGGAUGGGUGUCGAGGCCUCGAACAUGUACCAGAUGCUGGUGCACGUGUUCGCUACGUCCGAGACGUGCUUCAUGCUCAAGCGCAUCCUUGUCGCUUGGGGAAUCCCGGCUGUGGUCGUUGGAACAUGUCUGGCCAUAGACUUGGAGCCUUACAGGAAUCGAGAUGACUACUGCGUGAUAUCUUCCAAAAACCAAUUCAUCUACUACAUCGCAUUCCUGGGGAUAUCCUGCUUCAUCCUGUUCGUCAACCUACUCGUCUUCAUCAUGGUCACACGCGUGCUGUUCAAGCCUCGCAUGGCCGAAGCCAACACGAGCAAAUCGGCCAACCACAACUCGUGCUCGGCUUCCAGCCCGUCAAGCGCUGCAGCCAACCCUCCAAUCACCGCGGCCCAGGUCCGGGGCGCCUUCACCGUCAUGACCCUGCUCGGGGUUACGUGGAUAUUCGGCUUGUUCGCGGUGGGCGAAGCCAAGACCGUGUUCCAGUACGUCUUCUGCGUGUGCAACUCGAUGCAGGGCUUCCUCAUCUUCGUGGUGAGGGUGCUGCAGUACCCGGAGGCCCGCGCUUCGUGGGCGCAGCUGGUCACCACGGGAACGUUCAAGAAGCACCGAGGCGGUGCGGUGCCCGCGGGUUCCUGGUGCGCCAACUCGAAUCCCAAGCAGAACAGCCACUCGUCGAUGGUGCGGGUCACGUCCAGCAGCACGGACAGCACGAGCACCGUGGUGUUCAAUAGCAACAUCUGGAGCAAGGGAGGCAACGGCGGUGCGCCGGGCGCCAGGGACCACCCAGCCAGGCUGCCCCGUUUCUCUGGUGUCGGAAAAUUGCUUAAGAACUCGAACGUGCAGAAGGACGACAAGAAUUCGGGCACGCUGACUAAGAAGAAAAAGCCCUCCCACAAGGUGGUUAUCGAGGAGCCCGAUUCCAAGGAGAACCACAAGGAGUUCUACUCUUCCGAACACCAAGUCCCAUCAAUGGUCCCCGACCUGUACUCUGGCCAAGAGCAGCAAAUCAUGAAGACCAACACGUUGAGGGUAUCGGAACCCGUAAACCAGUACCACGACCAGUCACGCAACAUGCCCACAACCAUAGGCCUCGUGGGUGACCAGAAGGCGCACAUCUUGUUCGCCUACGCCGGCGGCGAAACAACGCCCAUUCGUAUCAACGGCAUCGUGCAGUCUCCACUGGACAAGCCCAAGCUGGAGUCCUUCAGCACAUUCCAGAGGCCCUCUCCCGUGCCCGCGAGCACACCGAGUGUACCAGAACUCCCUCACUUCUGGAACGUCCCUACGGAGGCGGCGACAGUGGUGGCGGAGCCUUCUCUACCUGCGGGUUCGGAUCGCGACCCUCUCCGUAGCUCACUGAAGACGACUACCGAAGAGACGUCGUUUACGAUAGCGAAAGGAGCCGGCGUUACGGUGGCGUCCUGAAAGACUGAAUAGCUACGAGUGACUACUGUGUUCACGGCCCUUUUGUUUUCCGAUUGAUCUCCCCGGUGAUAAAACCAACUGUGAGGUUGUAGCCUUGGGUGUACCACCAGAUUAUGUGCCACUCGCUCCUGGCCGGCUUGUGCCGUGGGCCCUUUGGUGAAGACUAGAACAGCAACGUUCCGGCGAUGCCCACAUCCCAGACCGGAAAGCUAAUGGACGCGAAGGCGUGGUCUGAUCAUUUUGGUACGUGAGUGCAGUGGCCGUCUGUUAGCCGGCGACCACAAGGAGCACCUAUCUAGCUGCAUUGUCGGCGAUGCAUUGUUCGACGCGAACGCGUCCAUUUCACGUCACACAACCAGUGCGCCGCUAUGAAGUGAGAAAAUUACAGAAUGACGUGGAAUAGCGUACAAAACUGGGCUAGUUGGUUCAUUUUCAUGGUAAAAGCUGCGCAACAAGACGGAAACACGAGAAGAAGGACACAGGACAGGCGAUGAACUAACAACUGUCGGGUUUAUUACACAGAAAGGAUUAAAUACAAAUAGACUGACUACGCGCGCAUCCUCAUAAUACAGAUAUUUGUCACAUUUUUCGAGGAGGCUGAUUUCACUGUCAUGAAGAUAGAGGAAUGGGGCGGAAAUGGAAAGAUCUUUACCAUGAUGCCAUGACGAAGCUGUUUUUCAUGCGCAGUCCUUUGAAGAAAACCUGUAAACCGGAAUGACUCUGCAGAAUCGUCUGGCGACCCGACUUGAACGAGAUGGCGCCGCGGGGUGGAAAUGUGCCCUUGGUGUUCAAACGCUGAAACCGAAAUAGUGUCAAUGGAGGUGUAAAAAAUAAAAGAAGCCUGGCGAAGGAGUGAUUGUGCGUGUACGUACUGUGCGCGAGCACGACUUGGAGCAGUGGUCUAUACUACAGAUGUGCGCCUUCAGAUGCCGUGUUGUUUCUGACAGUUCAGUGAUGCCAGUCGGACGAAAUUGAAAACCAGUGAGGAAUCGAGUGUGUCAACUUGUUGUUUGUUCUUGUUGUUACUAAGCCUUGACCCCGAACAUUCAGCCACGACCUUGGCCAAAGGAAGGAAGAAAGAAAGCUGCGGUGUUGUGUGCUCUCGACAUUUUUAGCGGCGGUGGUUUGCCACUGACUGUAUAGCCCCAUUUUAAUCGUUAUCAAGAAAGAAAAUUUCCAACUGUCCUACAUGUUCGACAAAUCAAUUUGUACGUGUACCGAACUUUCAGUGAAUGCGCGUGGAUGCUAUAUUUGACAUCCUUCAGCUCUGCUCAUUAAUACUUGAUAUGCUGUUUUCAACCUGUGACUCUGAGCAAGGCGUGUAAGGAUGCCGGCUCGCCUUCGUUAAAUUGGAGUCCGCGUUGUGCUUAAAUUCACCGGCAGCAAAAGCAUAUUCGUAAGUUUCAUAUGCGAACUAUUUUUCUCAUUAUCCGCGCCCAUCAGCACUUCGCAAAGUUAAUUUAUUCUUCACAAGCGCAUACAAAACGUUGUGGGGAAUUAGAGGCGAAGGUUUAGAGGCCGCUGCUGAGCUCUAGGACGCAGGAUUGAUUCCCGGCUACCACGGCAGCAUUAUGAUUCGGGCAAAACACAAAACGAAGCAUGCGUAUGCUUCGAUGAAGGAGAUAAGUAAAAAUCUAGCUGCUUGGGCUUGUGGGUACAUACCGCUUGUUGGUAAAAAAGGGACGGAGUAGGCUCGAAAGAACCCUGCGUGGUCAGAAUUAAUGUGUAGUCUCCCAUUACAAUGCGCCCCGCAAUGAUAUGGUAGUUUUCGUACGUAAGACGCCUCAUUUUUUUUAACCAAGCACACAGCAUUGUUAGUUUGCGUAAAGAGCCGGGCACACACUUCGUUCUUUAUCUCUAGAUGCAAACGGGAGCUCCGGGUCCGUUUCCGCGUUUGAAGUCAGACGCGCCCGAUAACAAAUCGCCGAUUCACUUCGCGGACGGAGCGUCACGUGACCCAGUGGUCCCCUUAAUGCGCCGCCCGUAAGAUCAGCGCACGCUGCAUCUGCUGAGGGGUAGAUUAGUGUCGGUUCAACUUGUCGACUUCGGUUCGAAAACUGUCGACAGCGCUAACGUUUAGCGUCUACUGGAAGCAUUCGGGGAUAGUUGCGCGGUGACCCAUGAACAACUUCUUAAAAUACGAAGACCGAGCGUGCUAAUUUCUCCGGCCGUUUCCCGUCGUUACGGACACAAUUCGUGACGACGGCAAUCUGUUAACGUGGCGUAGUGAGGAAAUAAGCUCUCCAUUGGUCCACAUACGAAAGCUAUCAGGGGUGAAUUGUCUCCAACCCUGCUUUGCCACGCAGUCGCAAGCCUAUGCCGCCUUGUCUCGCGUAACUAUCGUGCGCUAUCAACUGAAUUCUCUUAGCCUUGUACGUUUUAGACUGUGCAAGGGGAGGUAACAGCGUGUAGCCGAAAAGCGCGCAAUCCUGAUAGGCUCAACGUUUAGUGGUGACAUUGUUCCCUUCUUUGACGAAGACAUAAGUGGCGAGUAGGAGAUAGAGCUUGUAGGAAGGGUUGCGAAGGCGAGAAGGAAACCCUUCUCACGUCUUUGUGUUAGGAGUGGUUUAGGCGCCCUUUUAAGCUUUCAAAAAAUAGGCCACGCGUUUCACCACGACGUCAGUACCUUCGAAGGACGAGGUGUGAUACGAGUCGGCAUUCCUGUACACCUUGCUCACUGCCUUGGGGGAAAGCGUGGCCGUGAAGGUAAGACUGAUCCUUGUAACAUGCAUGUUUUUACAUGUUACACCCAUGUUUGUAUGUACAAAAAUAUCCUGCCUGCAUCUAAUUUCUUGAUACGCAUACACACGUACAUUUCCAAGGUUCCUUAAUAUCAGUGGAGUCAUGUUUGUGCUCAUAAAGUUUGUUUUCUACGUUCUUGAGCGUGCUACUUUUCACGUGUGCAUGAGUGGUUGUCUGAGAUAAUAAAAUAACGCAGUGCCUGUUCGUGGGCCAUAUUGCGGCGCAUUUAAACGCCUCUCACUGAGUUCGUAGAAACGUUGAAGCCGGAUUUGGUUUGAGGUCAGCCAGUUGAGCCAGUAGGGCUACAUUGACUGAUGUUUUUGUAGAAUAAAAACUUAUUUACUUUAUUAUGUCAUUCAAACAAAUUUGCUCACAUUAAUUGCCGGUUAAUGUUUCGUGAUCCGAGCACCAGACUGUGACAUGUACAGCAGCCUGUAAGGCACUACAACGUGAUGGUUGUUUAGAAUCGUUGAAGCAUUAAACGAUCCUGUUCGUUUCAUUGCCUAGUUUGUGAAAGUUCAGGAUAACGUAUUUUGAAGGUUUGGAGGUUAUGACACACGAAGCUAGAUUUAAAAAAAGGUAGGCGAAAGAAUAUCGCUUUCUACGAUACUGCAUAUUUUACAUAAUUGUCGGUUCAGGUAAAUUUAGAGCCUACGCUACUAUUUUCCUAUCCCGUGACCCCAUUGCCCCGGUCAAAAAUAUUUAAUUACCUGAUUUUCGUAAUUUCAGUAGUCACCGUAUUCGCCCAACAGCGAUACACUGUUGUCAUUUUUUUUGCAAGAAGAAAUUAUGCGAUCAAUAUCUUCAUUAGUACAACAGUUCGUGUGAUUUAUACUAGGUACAAAAGGGAAAAUAAUUUGAGUAGGCUCUAGCUACGCUAGCGAGAAAAACCAGGGAUUGGAGUCUGGACAAAAGUAUGCUAAUGUUUUUGCCACUACAAUGUGAUGUUUUCUAGCUCUUUGUUGUUUUUUUGUUUGUUCUUUUUUUAUCGAAUAAAGGAACUGUCCAGUGCCAGUCGUACAACAUGUCAUGGGAAGCUUUGUAAAAAGGGCCCACACGUAAUUUCUCACACGCUUAAAUAUGUUAUACUUUCACUGAUUUGUACUUUGACUGAUUUGCACUUUCACUGAUUUGUACAACUGAAAGUUGUACUUUCACUGUACUACAUUUAGUGUUUAUGAAAAGUUCUUAGCUUCAUUUGCGUCUCGUUCAAACUUAGUUAUCGCGUCGAAGUGUGUUGUUCCUGUUCUUGCUUGGAAAAACUGCCUGUCCUAUGUACUAUUGCCACCUUCGUUUUUUUUCUUGCUUGACCCCAGGACGUAGAACGUACACCUGUAAAAGCGUAACUGCUAUAUCGCCAUUCGUUGUGUGUAUGUGUCUACGGAUAUGUCUGCAUCGCGCGUCCGUGAUUCUCAUUGUGUACAUCACUACGCGACAUCUUUUUUUUUUUCGCUCUCUUCUACCAUCUUCCUGUACGGGCGGCGAAAUAAUUCCGUCCUUUGUUUUGACGUGCCCCGAUUUACUCCAGUGAUGUGCAGGAGGAGGGGGAAACUAAGUUUACUGUGUAUGGCGAUCACCCGAUGAAAUAUGAAAGAAACUAUUACAUUCCAAUUAAAGGCGUUUCCU